CCUUGGAGCUGCCACAUGCUGGAGUGUUUCUGCUAAGCUAAUCAUUAAAGAUAAUAAAAAGCAAGGUUAUAUCACCCACUGUCACUUAAAUCCUAGCAAACCAUCCCAUGGAGUCAGGGCCCAGACGAACGACAGUGGUGACACGAGGGAUAGCCAUGGAUCCGCAGCAGCUCAGCAGACCAACAUGGAGCAGGCAGAUAGAGUUCACACUGGCUGGCAUUGGCUGUGCAGUGGGUCUGGGCAACGUUUGGAGGUUCCCUUAUCUCUGCUACAGGAGUGGAGGAGGUGAGAGAGAGAGAAAAAAAACUCACAUUUUAACCUCUAACUGUGUUAUGAAAAUAGACCACUCUCUGUGGGUACACUCAAGCCCCUCUUGUGGGUACAAAGGUUAACAAACUCUGUAGUCAGUGAGUGAGCACUCUGUUCUGUAGUGAUACUGAUUAUGUGGUUAAAUGUACAGAUCACUCUGGAAAGAUAUCAGACGGCAUCUAUUUCACGAGAGAUUUACUUAGAACUUGAAAAGUCUGCCUUUAGAUUUGGUGUUGAAUCAUUUACAUCACACUCUCAAGAUUGUCAUUCUCAUUUUUCUUGGACAAUUUAAGACCAUAACCUCAAACCACUACACCCAAGGGUGCACUGAUUGUCACUGAGCACUGCUUUUUUAUUUGUUUUGUGUGUGCGCCUCUAUUCUAGCUCAACAUCAAUGUACAGGAGGAACAUUUUUUUUAACUUUCAAGGCUUAAAAGGGUUUAAAAUAAAAGCAAUCGUUUGGUGCCAAAGGUCUUUUUCAAAAAUGAAUUUGGAAUUUCCUAAACAUCUGUUUAAAUGAUAAGGAAAGAAUCACAAGGUCAGGAUGACAUGAUUCUCAAUAAAGAUUAAGAGAAGAACUUGCCAAAAAAAUUAUACCAAGCCUCUUCGAUUAGAUAAUAUAGUGUGAGAGUUUGCCAUGACUUUCUGCCAGGUGCUUUCCUGGUGCCAUACCUGCUGAUGUUGAUGGUGUUGGGGAUCCCUCUGCUCUACAUGGAGCUGACAGUGGGUCAGUACACUCGUAGAGGACCUGUCCAUGCCCUGGCUAUCGUGUGCCCACUCUUAAAAGGUACUCUCUCUUGCUUGGAUACAAUUUCAAUCAUCCAAAAGGUGUCUCGACUGUAGUGUGACUAUAUUUUUGUUAAUAUUUAGGUGUGGGUUUAGCAUCAGUGGCCAUCUCCUUCAUAAUGUGCACCUACUACAACAUUGUCAUCACCUGGGCCCUCUAUUACCUCUUCAGCUCCUUCCAGGCACCGCUGCCCUGGGAGAACUGCAACAACACCUGGAACACCCCAAACUGUACGAACCACGCCACUAAUAGCAGCUACUCCUCCACAGCCAGCCAGGAGUUCUUCAGGUACUUAAAACUACCAGUGAGAAACAGGCACUAAGUCUCAGAAAAAUAAGCCGCACAUAAUUCAAAUGUAGCUGGAAUUUUACAAACCGGUGGAUUGUUUAAUCUGCCGUGUUUUAUCUGAGAUGAAAAUUAAACAAUAAUAGUGUUGAUACUUUACAUAAAAUGGAAUUUAAAUGAUAUCUUAUCAUAGUCAUGUGAGAGAUAUCGGUCAAAGUGAAGGCAAAUGAUAAGAGCAGCUCCGUUCCAAGAAAGUAAAUAAAGUGUGAAGUCAGUUCUGCCACUAAAAUCUAAUAUUGUAUGAAAAACAGCUGGUUCUCCAAGAAUUGCAUUUUAUAAGUUAUAAGUUCUCUUGAAUAAAAAAAUAAAAUGAAAACAGUCUUACUGAAGACAUUUUUUGCACAGUCAGUGGUGCAUAACCUCACGUUUUCCUUCUGGUUUAUUCAUUAACUUUUAAACUGCAGUUACAGGCUGGAAUGGAGUUUAAGGUCAAAUUAGUUAAAGCCAUUUUUACGGUUUCUGCCAAGAACGUAAUAGUUAAAAGUGCAGUGUGUAGAAAUAAUCCCUCCUAUCAGAUAAGUCCCUCAAGAAGACAAUCUUGUAGGAGCUUCUUGUCCUCAGAGUCAAUAUACUGCCAAAUGACUCUGCAUUUUGAUACUCUGUCAGCUGUGCUUGUUUACACCUGGGUAGAAGAGCAUGAAAGCAGUAGCAGAGAUAUAACCUGAGUUAGUGGUUGGGUGGCUGUGUCUCAGCAUAACCCAACAUGUGAUCAGUAUUUCAGGCUCAUAGUAAUAAACAUAUCAAACUAUGACACAGCUGAUUUGUUCGAGUAUUAGUUUAAAGGUGAAGAUGUUAUGCCAGUGGAAAGAUUUCAAGAUACCAUGCAGUGGUGCUUGAGCAGAAAUAUGACUUGUUCAGGAUAACUUGAGGUGUUGUGGUUUCAUCAAAAUAAGUCUCCUGGGAACCAUGCAAUACUCAAAAGUAAGGUAUAUGGUAUAAGCAAGAAAAUUAGAGAGUCACAAAGUUUUAGAUUUCAUCCUCCAAGACCAAACAUUUCUGUACAAAGUUUCAAAAAAAGAGUCUAGAUCUUGAAGUCUAACACUUUUAUCCCUUGGAAGCCAAUCCUUAUUAAAUCCUCUUUCUUCUGUAGUGGAAUAGCUGGCUUAGACUGUCAUAUUCUGGUAGGCAAUCAAACAAAGCCUUGAUUGUAUUUAUUUAACAGAAAUGGUCAAAGCACAAUUGUGUUUCGAUCAGAAGAGGACAAUUCUGAAAUAUGUAUGACUUCAUAAACAUAAAGAGCCCUAAAGCAGAGCCCUGUGGGACACCAGAUGUCACUGUCUGAGGUUUUCAUGAAUCCAUUAUCAGCUGCUGUUUGUCUUUUGCUGCCAUCUAUAAAGAUACAAGAUGCUGGAGCAGACCAGUGGAGUGGACGAAACAGGAGGGAUUCGUUGGGAGCUUUUCCUCAUUCUUAUUUUGGCUUGGGUCUUGAUUUACCUUUGCAUUUUUAAAGGUGUGAAAUCAACAGGCAAGGUGAGUGAAAACAGAAGGUUCUUACUGAAAGAGGAGAGAAAGGUUGGAUGGUACAUAAAUAACAGCCUGUUUGUUUCUGUCCUCAGGUGGUGUACUUCACAGCUCUCUUCCCGUAUGUUAUCCUGAUUGCACUCCUGAUCAAUAAUGCCCAGCUUCCCGGAGCUAUUGAUGGAAUAAAGUUCUUCAUCGUGCCUGAGUGGGGGAAGCUGCUCUCAGUGGAGGUAAAAGACAGAAAGAAAAUAGAGGAGAAAAGGACUGGGCUGUUUCUCAUUGAGUCACAUGAACUUUGGUUUGCUGUCUGAUUCUGGUUGUGAUUUGUGAUGUUCUGAUAAUCUGUAUUGUAGGUGUGGGUGAAUGCUGCAGCUCAGAUCUUUAACUCCAUUGGGAUUGGUUUCGGCUCCCUUCUAGCCAUGUCCAGCUACAACGCCUUCAACAAUAAUAUUCUAAAGUAAUGAACCAAAUUCUCAUCCACUCACUGUGAUAAUAACAUCUUUAGGCUUGAAGAUUUAAUACAGACAUUUCUUCUCCCUGCAGGGACACUCUGACCAUCGCCAUCAUCAACUCCCUCACCAGUAUCCUGGCAGGUUUCGUCAUUUUCUCUGCUUUUGGAUACAUGUCUUAUCUGCAGGGCAUUCCUGUCGAACAUUUAGCUGUGGAUGGUAAGGACAAUUCAUUUUUUAAAUUCAUUCUAUUGAAAUUCAACCUUUUUGAACCAAGGUUUAGACUGUAACCUUUCUUCUUAUUUAACCUCUGCCCCUGUCAGUUAUGCAGGUCAUUGCUAAGCUUGGCAUGCAGGGAGGAAAAAUUAUAAAACAGGUCAUUGUAGGUGUUGGGUAACUUUUUUUCACUGAACCAAAACUAAAGCUUAGGGCAAAGGAUAUAAUUUCGCUGUAAAAACGAUACAAAGGUUAAAAGGAGCUCAUCGAGCCAAACUGAAACGACUUUAACCUCCUUUCUGGUCGCGUUAUCAUUAACUAAAAAUAAACCCAACAUUUACAUUCUGAAUAAGUUACACAAAAAGGUCCAACUGAUUCAUUUUUUUUUGUUUUCAAUAUGAAAGAUGCCAGUAAUUUUUUUUAAAAAAUUUUAUCAACUCUAAAACUGUCUUCAAAAUGUGAUGUUACUUAUUUUCUAUUUUGGGAUGAUGAUAUUCAGUUCAAACCCUGAAGUAACAUGCUAUGUCUCUCUCUUCCUCUCUAUCCAGGUCCAGGAUUAGUUUUUGUUGUCUACCCACAAGCCUUUGCCAACAUGCCAGUGGCUCAGCUCUGGGCUGUGAUGUUUUUCUUCAUGCUGCUUUGCCUGGGAUUGGACAGUGAGGUAGUGAAAGGGGAAAUAUUUUCAUCCAAAAAUUAUGAAUUUGAGCUGAUCCUGCACAGGAACAGUACAACUUUUUUGUUGUUCUCAUUUAUGGUUAGUUUGCGAUGGUGGAGGUGAUGGUGACCAGUCUCAUGGAUGAAUUCUAUCAUAGUCUGAUUCAUAUUUUCAAGAGGAAGGAGCUGUUUGUGUUGGCUGUUUGUUGUGCAGCUUGUCUUCUGGGAAUCCCUUGUGUCAUGCAGGUACUGACAUAAAUAUACUGGGUUAAAAUGUGACCAAACAUUGGGAUCUUUAGCUCCUUCUUUAAACAGUUUGUCUCUGUUCAGGUGGGUAUCUACGUUUUCCAGCUGAUGGACCAUUACACUGCCAUAGUGUCCAUCAUGUUUCUUGCAUUCUUUGAGGUUCUGGCUAUCUGCUGGUUAUAUGGUGAGAAAAAUAUGUUGGAUUUCUCUUAAUGUGUCUGUGCUCUGAAGUGUGUUAAUCUAUCCUCUAUACUAUAACAGGUAAUUUUAAGCAACGUCACACUAAAGGGGUAUUACCCCACAAUAUGAUAAUUUGAGCAAUUGCGAACAUGUCACACAUCUCAGGUAUAUUGAUAUGAAUCCACUGCCACCCUAAAACCUUGAACAAUUCCUUUCUGCUAUCUUCAAACUUUACCAGCUCUAAGCUUCUUUUCUCUGAAUGUUUGGGCUGUGCUAGUAAGUAGUUAAAUACCUGGGCACUUAACGGCGUUUCCAACGUGCCCUCUUUUCCACAGCCUCGAACGGCUGCAAGAUUUUGCAUGUGUAGGGGGUGAUGGAUUAUCUUAUUUUCUUCAUUAGCUCCUAAUCAUAGGCAGCUUAGUAAAGCUCAGUGUGUCGAAUGUUGGCUGUUUUAUAUCCAUUUAGCAUUAGCAGCUAAUGCUAUGUUUGGGUGGACGCCAGUUAGGUGAGCCCUCAUGAGCCUCAUAUUCUCUGAGCAUCUCUAAAUUAAAAAAGGUGACUAUAAGUUUAUUACUAGUAAACUAUGUACAUUGAUAGUAUAUAUAUGAGUGCACUUGUAUACUUUUGUAAACCUCAAGUGAACUUAUAGAGUAUACUUAAAGUAUACUUUUAUAAACUAAGAAUGUUCCAAUUUAGUCAGAAGAACUGUUACUUAGUGUAUACUUUGUAGUACACUAAAAGUAUAUGGUCGGUAGUACACUUGAUAUACUUAUACUCAAGCAUACUUAAUAAAAAGAACCUAAAGUAUACUACUUUUUGCUAAGGGUGCAGAGAAUAGAAAUAAUAUUGUGCAAAAUCCAUCACACUUGACCGCACAUAAUAGUUAAAUAUUUCUAGAAACUAUUGCUUUUUUGUGUCCUGCAAAAUAUUGCCAUAAUAUGCUCUAGCCUAUCAAACUGUCUGGUUGAAUGAAGUUUGCCAAGACAAAGACUUUGACUCUGAAGUGGAGUAUCACACUUCUAUCUAUCUAUCUAUCUAUCUAUCUAUCUAUCUAUCUAUCUAUCUAUCUAUCUUUCUAUCAUGGCUGUAUACUAAAGUAGAUUUCCGUGUUUAGGAGUGAAUCGUCUGUCCAAUAAUAUCAAAGAAAUGAAUGGACACAGAGCAAACGUCUACUUCAUGGUAUGCUGGCUGAUCAUUGCUCCAGUGCUCAUCACUGUAAGUGAUCUUUAUUUUUCCAUAAACAUAAUGUAAGAUUUAAGAAUUCAACAAUUUGGGUCUAAAUAUCUUUUUUUUUUUUUUUGCAGGUUAUCCUGAUUUUUGCAAUCAUCCAGUUCCAACCAGCUCGCUAUGAGGACUAUGUCUUCCCCGCCUGGGCUCAGGGAGUCGGCUGGGCCAUUGCCAUGGCCUCCAUCAUCUGGAUACCUUUAGGUGCUGUGCAUACAUUGUGGGUGCUGCCUGGCUCAUUACUGCAGGUAACAUUGACCACUUGUGGUUUAAUCAGCGAAGACAUGGUUAAAACAUGGUAGCAAUGUAAGUGUGUAACCAUGUCCCGUUAACAAAAAGUUUAACUGUAUUAUAAAGUCAUUUGUAUCUUCUGUCUGCAGAAACUGAAGCUUUCCAUCACACCUUACGCGCUGAAUGAAAAGCAAAAGAUGCCGUAUUAUGAGAGAGGAGGAAUUUACGGAAACCCAUCCAUUUCCAUCAUCAGCUCCGGUGCCAGUAUUAUUAUAAAACCUCCUGCAGAGACAAACUUCUGA